AUGAGCUACUACGGCGGCUACUAUGGUGCCAAGGGCUAUGGCUAUGGCUCUGGUUAUGGCUGUGGAUGUGGCAGCUACCGUGGCCUAGGCUAUGGCUAUGGCUCUGGUUAUGGCUGUGGAUGUGGCAGCUUCCGUGGCUUAGGCUAUGGUUUUGGCAGCUAUGGCUAUGGAGGCCUGGGCUAUGGUGGCUAUGGCUGUGGCUGCUACCGCCCAUCUUGCUGUGGAAGGUAUUAUUCUUCUGGUUUCUACUGAAAAACCAUCUGCUCCUGCACUCUUGUGGAAUCCUUGUCAACUCCUGAUUUUGGCUAAUUCCACAGCAUUAUAAGGAAAUCACAUUUCAUCUGCCUCUGUGGCUGUGUAGCAUAGGAGAGCUACCACAAGCGGUUCUCAGAAUCCCUAAGAAGCACUCAGGGCAGUGAAGUGGCAGGGACUGA